AGAGAGGAUGCUGCAUCAGAGAGUGAGAGAAACAGGGAUGAUGAGGAUGAUGAUGAUGAUGGAGGCAGGAGAAAUGAACAGAGAGAAGAGAGUUUCACAACACUGAUCAGGAAGCAGGUGCUGGACCUUCAUCCACAUCAGACUGAAGUCGGAUGAAAAUGGAUGUGCGAAAGGACUCGAUGAGCUCCAGCAUUUGACCGGACGAACUUCUGAUUCACAGCGAUCUAGUCUCGAGAUCAUCGAUCCGCAGUUAUUCUGCUUCUGCGUGUUUCGCGGGAUAUUCUUCUCAUUUCGCGCCUUUUAAUCUGAAGCUGCGCCGCAUGAACGGAGGCUGAUGAUGAAUAUAAAACACAUCAGGUUCGUCAUAUAAUGGGGAUCGAGGACGCGAGCAUGAGGAACGGACGGGCUCUGUCCGAUCAGUGGGCCGACAGCGUGGUGGUCCGGCCCCGGACGACCGAACAGCACAUCACUGUUCACAAGAGGCUGGUGUUGGGCUUCGCCAUCUCCAUCCUCACCCUAAUCAUCGUCACGGCCAUCGCCAUCACGCUGAGCGUCAGCUUCGAGAGAUGCGCCGCGGAGAGCAGCGGGGCUCUGCCCGCGAACGGCUCCAGCAACAGUAAGUGGAAACAGUCCCGGGACGGGAACAUCAGUCACAGAGACACAGAGGAGGGUCAGCAGCCCUGGAGACACCUGCGCUUACCGGCCACCCUGCGCCCGCGCCACUACGACCUCCGAGUGUCCGUGAACAUGGAGAACUUCAGCUUCUCCGGCGAGGUGAACAUUGAGUUUGAAUGCGUCAACUCCACGAAGUUGAUCGUGCUGCACACGGACCGACUGGAGGUGGAGAAAGUGCUGGUGUUUUCGGACAGUAAGAAAGCGGGCGUCAUGAGGAUCCAGCGCCGCUUCCACUAUCCGCCCAAGCAGGUGUUUGUGAUCGCGCUGCACAGAGAGAUGAAGCCCCUCAGAACAUACAAGAUCAACAUCACCUUUCACGCGCACAUCGAGCACGAGCUCUUGGGCUUCUUCCGCAGCUCUUACGUGUUGGAUGGAGAAAGAAGGUUUCUUGCGGUGACACAGUUCUCACCGACCCACGCUAGAAAGGCCUUCCCGUGUUUCGACGAGCCCAUCUAUAAAGCCACAUUCAGAGUGAGUCUGAAACACGAGAGCUCAUAUCAAUCUCUGUCCAACAUGCCAGUGGAGUCUUCAGUGUCUGAGGAGGACGGAUGGGUGACCAACCAUUUCUCCAGGACGCCCCGCAUGUCCACGUACUACCUGGCCUGGGCCGUGUGUAACUUCACCUACAGAGAAGCAGUUACAGAAAAAGGAGUUGUG